AGUUGACGUCUUAUGUCUGAGUCGUUGCACUGUGGAGUAGUUCGCGGAGUUGAGGCCUGCUCAAUCUUUUCUCGUAUUUCUUGCUUUUCACCGAAUCUGUUUUUUGGAGGGGUCAUAUUUGAGUUUUAAAGUUGUGAAGUUUGUGCUUCAUCCGAUCCGGUUCACGGCCUGUUCAAAGCGGGUCUGAACCGGGUAAGCAACUCCAGGCAGGUUCCGAAACGGAGACGAGGAAACUAAAUUGAGGAACCAAGUUGGAAAAGGAUUGACGAAGAAGUCAUAAGAUGACAUCUCGGAGGUGGUUUCACCCUAACAUCACAGGGGUGGAAGCUGAAAAUCUGUUGCUUACUCGUGGAGUUGAUGGAAGCUUCUUGGCUCGACCCAGCAAGAGCAACCCUGGAGAUUUCACUUUGUCUGUCAGGCGAAAUGGUGCUGUCACACACAUUAAAAUCCAGAACACCGGUGAUUACUAUGACCUGUAUGGUGGGGAGAAGUUUGCUACUCUGGCUGAGCUUGUGCAGUAUUACAUGGAGCACCAUGGGCAGCUGAAGGAGAAGAACGGUGAUGUCAUUGAGCUGAAAUACCCGCUGAACUGUGCAGAUCCCACCUCGGAGAGGUGGUUCCAUGGGCACCUUUCUGGCCGGGAGGCUGAGAAGCUGUUGACUGAAAAGGGCAAAAACGGGAGUUUCCUUGUGCGGGAAAGCCAGAGCCACCCUGGAGACUUUGUGUUGUCUGUAAGAACUGGAGAUGACAAGGGAGAAAGCAGUGAUGGGAAAUCGAAAGUCACCCAUGUGAUGAUUCGCUGCCAGCAGGAUCUUAAGUAUGAUGUUGGAGGAGGAGAGAAGUUUGACUCGUUGACAGACCUUGUUGAACAUUACAAGAAAAAUCCUAUGGUGGAGACACUGGGCACAGUGCUUCAACUCAAACAGCCCCUGAACACAACUCGAAUCAAUGCAGCUGAGAUAGAGAGCCGAGUGCGAGAGUUGAGUAAACUCGCCGAAGCCACUGAUAAGUUCAAGCAAGGAUUCUGGGAGGAGUUUGAGACGCUCCAGCAGCAAGAAUGUAAGCUGCUCUAUAGUCGUAAGGAAGGACAGCGGCCUGAAAACAAAAAUAAAAACCGCUAUAAAAACAUCCUGCCAUUUGAUCACACUCGAGUCGUUUUAAAUGAUGGUGAUCCCAAUGAACCUGGUUCUGAUUAUAUUAAUGCUAAUAAAAUUAUGCCCGAGUUUGAUUCAAAGUGCAACAACACCAGGCUAAAGAAGUCUUACAUAGCCACACAGGGCUGCCUGCAGAAUACCAUCAGCGAUUUCUGGAGAAUGGUGUUCCAGGAGAACUCCAGGGUUAUUGUCAUGACCACCAAGGAAGUGGAGCGAGGAAAGAGUAAGUGCUUGAGGUAUUGGCCUGAUGUGUCUGCACUCAAAGAGUAUGGAGCAAUGCGUGUUCGUAAUGUCAAGGAAACGUUGGCACAUGACUAUAUUCUGAGAGAGCUUAAACUCUCCAAGGUUGGGCAGGGCAAUACAGAAAGAACGGUGUGGCAGUACCACUUUAGAACCUGGCCAGACCAUGGUGUGCCUGGUGAUCCUGGCGGCGUGUUAGACUUCUUAGAGGAAGUUAACCAUAAGCAGGAAAGCAUCUUGGAGGCAGGGCCGAUUGUAGUGCAUUGCAGUGCUGGGAUUGGACGAACCGGGACCUUCAUUGUGAUUGAUAUACUUAUUGACAUCAUAAGGGAAAAAGGGGUAGACUGUGACAUAGAUGUGCCCAAGACCAUUCAGAUGGUGCGAUCGCAGAGGUCAGGAAUGGUUCAGACAGAAGCGCAGUACAGGUUCAUUUACAUGGCAGUACAGCACUACAUAGAAACCUUGCAACGUAGGAUUUUGGAGGAGCAGAAGAGUAAAAUAAAAGGAAGAGAAUACACAAACAUUAAGUAUUCUUUGUCUGAUAUGACAGCAGGUGACCAGAGUCCGAUCCCUCCUUGCACACCCACCCCGUCCUGUACAGAUAUAAGAGAUGACAACUCUAGGGUGUAUGAGAAUGUGGGGCUGAUGGCACAGCAGAAGAGAUGAGGUUAACCUUAAUUAAUGUUCAAAUUGAAUGAAAAGGAGCCUCUUUUUUUUAGAUUGUUGUAAAUUGCUGCAUAAAUCUUCAGAAGUGAUACAAGAAAGCAGAAAAUGAAGACUGAAUAUUGAAGGCUUGGAAAGCUUUUUGUAUGGUGUUAACCCUUUCAUUAUUCUGUUUACUACAUGUUUUUAUCCUAAAUGGAGAGAACAAUAUUCUGUAUGAAGCCUGGUCCUUCUAAUUUCUCCUGUGAAUAUUGUAUCCGGGAACUAAACUGCACUCAUCGAAGGGCAGAGGCUGUGAAAUCUUUUUUUUUUUUUUUUUUUUUUAUGAAUAAGUGUAUAUGUUUAACAAGUUAAUUUGAAAUCAGCCAACUUGCCGCGUGUCUAUGAACAGUGUUCUUGGAAGUGAAAACAAUUCCUUUUUUUCAGGAUAACAUUGUGUGACAAAUAUUAAUCCCAUUCCUUAAUAGUUUGUUUUAUUGCCUCUCGGAGUAUAUGCAAGUUAAGUCUGGAAAAUUCAACUUUGCCUCAACCUAAGAAGGACAUUUAAGCGGUUGAAGGUAGUUUGUUUUCCCAGUUUUGGGUUAUUUUUCAAAAUGAUUAAGACUUUGAAUAAUAAUGAAGGUGAUAUUAUUUUCAUCACCCAAAAGUUGCAUAACAUAUUAGUUUACAAGAUGACUUCCUUUUUAGAAUGUUUUUCAUUGUUUGUGUGUCCCCCCCCUCCCACCUUCGCUACAAAGCUCGAUCUCAAGUCUAAAGUUUUAAGGAUUAGAGGAUGCCUCAGGUGGCUUGGUUAUGAAGAAAACCGCACUUGCACGUUAAGAGGAGCUGUUCUUCUGUACGCUGGAGCAGGAGCCUUGGGUUUAUGAAUGAUUAAUACUUUAGAGUGGACAAGGACGUACGCGCAGAGUUAAUAGCGGUGACGCAGGAGUUUUAAAAUCCGUUUUUGUGCUUCGUCAGUGUCUCGAUUAUGCCUGAAGGAGGCAAAAUAUAACAGGCCCAGCUAUUGCCACACACCAAAUAAAGAAGAAGAAUGCCUGGGUUUAUUUUGAUUUAAGUUUUUAAAGAUUUAUAAAUUCAAAAGAAAAAAAAAAACAGGUUUUAGCAAUAUGAACAAAGCAGGCAAAAAAGAAACUUUUUUUUUUUUUUUUUUUUACCAGAUUAGCCUGAGUAUUAACAGUAUUGUGUUGGAGGAAAAAGAUGCAAUUGUGUUUGGUUGGAUUGUGAGAAAGCACAGCGUCCAGGGUUUGCUUGUGCCAGAACGUUCACUUUAUUUAAAUUUUAAGCAGACGUUUCUAAAGAGGACAUUGAGAUGAAUGUACAAAAGCAGUAAAUGACUUGGGACUUGUCAUGAUGCAUAUAGCAAUGAUAAUAUGGAGGUGGGUUAUAGCCAGGGUGUGUACAGUAUUAGGCUGGGUUGGAAUGUGGUAGAAUAUCGUGGCAAGUUUUAUUUUUUGUUUGAUGAUCCUCACUUUUGUAUUUUUAAAAUUCUUUCUGUUUUUGCUCCUGAUGUCAAAAGCCAAGAGGUAGUUUAUCUAAAUUACUUUGUUGGACAAGGCUGCCGCUAAUAGUUCAGCAGCGUCUUUCUUUGGGCAUAUGUGACAUUUUGGUUUUCUAAUGGAGAACCUGAUCAUGGAAUAUGAAGCAUAUGUUCAGUUCCUUGUGUUUACCAAUGUCCAUAUAGUUCUGUUAGGUUCAGCACAAUGAAGUGGGCCUUCAGUGUUCACAUCCGCCUUUUACAUGGGCCUCCCUAACUAUAGCUGUCCAACUGUGCUUGUAAUGAUUUUCUUUGUUCUGCUGUACAUUGAGGAUAAAGUUGUUUCCCCCUAGCUAUCUGCUGACGUAAUUUACUUGAAAAGUAACAGCGUACAGACUUCAUUAGCCUUUGUGAAGAUGAUUCAGAGCUCAGUGGAAAUGGGAUAAAGAACAUGGUUAGUCAGUUAUUUUCCAUUUAAAAAUGACAGUUAACAGGAAAUUUGCCUUUUAAUGCUGGCAUGUGUCUUGCGUGAGUUAGGUGAAUUGGCUCUACUGCAAGUGAGCGUGUGUGUGAGCCCUGCAGUAGACUGGCAUUUUUGGGUGACGACUUCUUUUAACUACAUUAAGAAAGAAACCGACACAAACUCUAAACAUGACUUAUACCAUAAUGUCUAUAUGCAUACCUGUGAUGGCCUGGCACCCUUGUGCCCUCUGCCAGCACAUACCCCCCACCCCACCUGUGACCCUGGUCUGGGUUGAGCAGAUUACAGAAUGACAGGACAGAAACACAUUUCAAGUAAUAGCCUUUCUUUUUGUCGCUGAAGUGAAGGAGGAUUAUUGGAUCUGUUUUCGACAAGACUUUGAAUUUACUUGGAAUGUAUAAAGUAACAAUGUCAUGUCAUAGUAUUUGUCAGAGCAAUAAUUUUAACACCGAUUGUAUUCUUUGAUCUUAACUUGUUUUGCCGGUGGAGACACAAGUCUUGUCCAUUUACUGCAGUAUAGUUAUCACAGUUUUUUUUUUUGUAGUCUCAGUUUCUUCUUCCCAGCAUGCAUUGCUGAAGACGCAUAAAUUAUACACAUAUUCCGUAUUUUUUCUUCUUCUUCCUCUACAUUACAUACAUCAGGAGGCCUUCCAAUUAGUUGUGAAGCUUCUUGCUUUCCCUGCUGGUUACGGUUCUGCUUAAUUACGCGCUCGAAACUGUAGAUGUCUAGACUACAGUUUUAACACUAACCCGUCUCGCCAAAAUAAUUAUAAAAAAGCCUUGUUUCCUUUUCUAUUAGCCAUAGGGUAGAAUCUGUUUCAGUCAGAGCUUUACCUCUAAAGCCGUCAGCUUUGCUGUAGUAAAUGUUACUACUACCCUUACCAUGAAAAGUAUCCCCCUCAACCCCACAUAUAUAUUAGUAUGAGCAUUUAUUAUCAUUAUUCAUCUAACCGUUGGCCUGAUCUAUGAAUGAUUUCAAGGUGGAUUAGAAUGAGCAGAAGCAGUCCCUAGUCCAGUGUAAGAUGAUUGAUUAUAGUGGUUCACAUCCACAGAGACUUGAUGACUCCCAUUCUAUUUACCGCUAGGACUCACAGGCCUUACAUUCCAUCGCACUCACCUACUUUCCGCUCUACUAUGCCUUGAAGGAAUAAUAUGAUCCCUAUUUAUUGCCCUAACAAUGUGAUCUGCUCAAAAUUAAAUAAUAAUGUUUUCCUCAGCACCUCUCCUAUUAUUAGCCCUUUCAGCUUGCGAAGCAGGACUUGGUCUUAGUCUGCUUGUAGCCACCUCCCAUGCACAGUCAGGUGAUCCUAAUCGGGCCCUGGCUUUCUUAUGCAGUAUGUUUAAUAUUUUACAGACAAUUGUAUUUCUAUAUUAUGAUUAUGAUCAUGCAGAAUGCUUACUAACAGUCUGUGAACCAGCCUUGUGAAAUCGAGGCUGCUAACAAAGCCAGACUUCUUUACGACAGCUGAAACAAAUCCAGAAAGUGUUCUUUUACUGUGGGAACGUUUUUGCAGCUUUCCUUUAAUGGAUGAAAAAUAAAACGUUACUUAAUUAA